CAGGCUCCGGGACCCGAGCUGGCCAACGUGGCGGCGGAGGAGGAGGAGGAAGAGGAGGAGGGCGGGAUCCGCAGGCCCCAAGCAGUCGGAAAGUUUGUCGGGGGGCCUCGGUGGGGGAUCCCCGGGCGGCCCGCGGGCGCCUUCGCCAUGGGCCGUCACUCACAUUCCCUGCUCCUGUGUGCCUCCGUGUCUCUGCUGGGUGGCCUGACCUUUGGUUACGAACUGGCUGUCAUAUCUGGCGCCCUGCUGCUGUUGCAGCUGGAGUUUGCACUAAGCUGCUGGGAGCAGGAGCUCUUGGUGGGCAGCCUACUCCUGGGAGCCCUCCUCGCUUCUCUGGUGGGGGGCUUCCUCAUCGACCACUAUGGCAGGAGAAGAACCAUCCUUGGGAGCAAUUUGGUGCUGCUGGCAGGCAGCCUGAGCCUGGGCCUGGCCGGAUCCUUACCCUGGCUCCUCCUGGGCCGCUUGGUGGUUGGUUUUGCCAUCUCACUUUCCUCCAUGGCCUGCUGUAUCUAUGUGUCAGAGCUGGUGGGGCCACAGCAGAGGGGCGUGCUGGUGUCCCUCUACGAAGUGGGCAUCACUGUGGGCAUCCUGCUUUCUUAUGCCCUCAACUAUGCACUGUCCGAUGCCCCAUGGGGCUGGAGGCACAUGUUUGGCUGGGCCACCGCACCUGCCGCCCUGCAGUCUCUUAGCCUUCUCUUUCUGCCUGCUGACACACCCCAUCGGGACCUCACCCCGCUACCGAGCGGGGAGGCCAAAAGGCAGGGCUUGGGGGGUCCGCGGUAUACGUUUCUGGACCUCUUCAGGGCCCGGGAUAAUAUGCGAGGUCGGACUAUUGUGGGCCUGGGGCUGGUUCUGUUCCAGCAGCUAACAGGGCAGCCCAAUGUGCUGUGCUAUGCCUCGACCGUCUUCCGCUCCGUUGGCUUCCGCGAGGGCUCCUCUGCCGUGCUGGCCUCGGUGGGGCUUGGCUCCGUGAAGGUGGCCGCCACCCUGACCGCCACGGGGCUGGUGGAGCAUGCGGGCCGUAGGGCACUGCUGCUUGCCGGCUGUGCCCUCAUGGCCCUGUCAGUCAGUGGCAUAGGCCUGGUCAGCUUUGCUGUGUCCCUGGACUCAGGUCCUGGCUGCCUAGCCGUGCCCAAUGCCACUCAACAGACAGGCUUUCUAGAAGUCUCAUCCCCACCACCAGUGCCAAGAGCCUGGGAGGACCAAGGACUACCAGUCUUGCCAACCACGGAGAGAGCGAAACUCCAUCCAGAGGCUGGAGACGCCGCAGCCCCUCUGUGGCCAGCCCUGAAUGCCGCCUCGGUGCUGACCCCUGGUCCCACUCCUGAGCACACCCUGCUGGGCUGGGCUGCACUGGUGUGCCUGAUGGCCUACGUGAGCGCCUUCUCCUUUGGGUUUGGACCAGUGACCUGGCUGGUCCUCAGUGAGAUCUACCCUGGGGAGAUCCGAGGGAGAGCCUUCGCCCUGUGUAACAGCUUCAACUGGGCCGCGAACCUCUCCAUCAGCCUCUCCUUCCUGGAUCUCCUAGGUGCCAUCGGCUUGUCCUGGACCUUCCUGCUCUACGGGCUGACCGCUGUCCUCGGCCUGGCCUUCAUCUACAUACUUGUUCCUGAAACCAAAGGCCAGACGUUGGCUGAGAUAGAGCAGCAGUUACAGAAGAGCGGGUUCCCCCUGAGCUCUGGCCACAGGCAGGACUCUGCUGGUGUCCAGUACCACCGCCUGGGGGUCACAGUGGCUUCCUGAGGAGUCUGUGGCCUCAUGAGGAGACCGUCUGCCUUGAAGAUGCUAGAACGAUGGUUUCAGCAGCUCAUCUCCAGCAGGAACCCAGAGCCUGUGAUCCACAUAUUUCUUUGGAAAUCACUCUGGUCCUACAGGAGGUCUCUUUGGCUGGGGUGACAGAGAUGAAUCCCAAAAGUCUUCAUUUUGACCAUGAGAAGGCCCCUCUGAGGAUCUAGCUUCAUGCCUUGGGUUCUCCAUGGACUUGGCACGUAUGUCUGCAGCGUUCAGUGAGAGAACAUUCUAUAGUGUGUUUAUCAAGGGUUCUCCCAGAAAUCCCAGGGCACUGAUCCUUUACAGGAAGUGUCUCCUGCCGCCACCACUGAGUCAGAAGAGGACAGCAGUCUGUCCACCUUGCCCACCUGGGGCUGUGCGGUUCCGAGAGAGCUGACUCCUGCUUUGUGCUCAGAGAUCUACUUGCACCAACCUUCUCAUCCUGUCGCCCAGGAAACUUAUCUGAGGUCAGGACUCGGACUGGGGACACGAGGCUCAGUCCAAGUCCUGGCUCUGUUGGGGGAAGUGGCUGUGUGGCCAUGGCCUCAGCUUCCCCCGUUUGUGCCAUGGGAGGAGGCCGGGACCAGGCUGUGCCUAAGUCGUUCCCUCAUUCCACAGGGUUGGAAGUCUGUGUAGAAGCUAGAAUGUGAGAAGUAACAAGGAUCUGCACCAAGUGGCUCUAGAGACAGGAUCUUCCUUAGUAGAGUCAAGCACCCUGGAAUGCAAGAGGCCCAUGGGUGCGUGUGACAAGUGCCAGGGGCCAGUUCCAAGGUGGGGCAGCAUCUCUGCAGGAAGGAUGGGGUUUGGAGGGGAUGUUAGUGGGUGUGGCUGACCCUGGGUGUCAGCUCCCUCCAGGCCUAGCAUAGAGACAGCUGUGCCGCUCAGGAUGUACUGACUUGUACAUUCUCCCUCAGGGAGGUCCUGAGUGUCUCAUUCAGCCAGCCAGGCCCUGAGGACUCCUGCUCACCCUGGGGCCCAGGACCCCUCUCUUGUGGUCAGUCAGACAAAGAUGUACAAGUGGCUGAGGUUGGAGGUCACUAAAGGAAGUCACCAAUCAGACCGGGUUCCUGGACCCUAGGGAGCCAGCCUCAGCAUGCCUUGAGGUCCACAGUCACGUGGUCCCUACAGGCUUGGCUUGUUAGCUCCUUGGUCACCCUUCCUAGAAAUUUCCUUACUUCCAGUGGCGUUCUGGAACUGGCUUUUAUUGGCUUUCUAGAGCUAACUGUCCAUUUUCAGUGUUUCAGCAAAUUGGUUGUUAAACAUAGCCAUUACUAAAAAUAAAUUGCUGGACCUAAUGGUGCACACCUUUAAUCCCAGCACUUGGGAGGCAGAGGUAGGAGGAUUGCUGUGAGUUCAAGGCCAGGCUGAGACUAUAUAAUGA